AUGGACAGGGAAAAUAUCAUGAAGGAAGUUAAACACAGGCUGAAAAGUCACCUGCGAUACAAGUUCACAUGGAUAAACGAAGGGACGUCUGAUGGCCACUCUCGACUUGACCACGUCUACACCAGGCUCUACAUCACUGAUCAGGCCUCGGGGUUUGACUUCAGAUCACAUGAGAUACUCGACCACUUCAAAGUCUCAGGUCAGACAGGGCAGCUUACAGGUGUUUAUGAGCGGAUCGACUGCCUGAACAUUUUUAAAGCAGGAAGAAAGAGUUUCCAGCUCCCUGUGAGAGACAGACCCAUCCGCACAGUGAUGACCAAAGGCAUUGCUGGCAUUGGGAAGACAUUCGCUGUUCAGUUCUUUGCUCUGAACUGGGCAGAAGGAAAAUCUAACCAGGACAUCGAUCUGAUAUUUAUGCUUCCCUUCAGAGAGCUGAACAUGCUUAAACAGGGGGAGUACAGUCUGAUGCAGCUUCUCCUGCACUUCUACCCUCAACUGAGCCCACUGGAAAAUACCUCAUAUCUCACCAGCAUGAACAUCCUGAUCAUCUUGGACGGUCUGGAUGAGAAUACAUUCCCCCUGGACUUUGAUGGAGGUGGAAGAGUGAGUGACAUCGAUCAAAAAUCCACAGUCGACGUGCUGCUGUCUAGUCUCAUCACGGGAAAUCUUCUGCCCAACGUGCGACUCUGGAUUACCUCCCGGCCGACGGCGGUCGGCCAGGUUCCUGUUCAUUACGUCGACCAGAUGACAGAAGUCCAAGGCUUUACUGACCACGACAAAGACAUUUACUUUCAAAAGAGAUUCAGCGACUCUACAGAAGUUCUGUCUUAUCUCAAAGGUAUGGUCAGCUUCUACUUCAUGGGACACAUCCCCAUCUUUUGUUGGAUCCUUGCUGAAGUGGUGAAGAACGGAGACGAGACGAGCCAAACCAUCAGAACAAUGACGGAGCUCUACAUUCACUAUUUACUCAUUCAAACACAGAGAUCCCAGCAGAAGUACGGAGAGACGGACUCAAAGAACGAGGCCAAAGAAGGUCUAGCAAGGUCACAGAAUGCCAAUAUGCUUUUAAACCUGUCCAGGUUGGCCUUCGAACAGCUACAGAAAGGAAAUAUCCUUUUCUAUGAGAAAGACCUCCAGGAGUGUGGCAUCGACGCCGAUGAAGCUUCUGUGUUUUGUGGGUUUUGCUCAGAAAUCCUGAAGCAGGAACGCGGCCUGUACCAACAGAAGAUGUUCAGCUUUGUGCAUUUAAGCUUCCAGGAGUUUCUGGCAGCUCUUCACGUGAUUCACUGCCGUGCCACCGAUCGCAGCACCCUGACGUCUUUCCUCGGUGAAGACGUUGCAGACCUGAGCUGGCUAGAGCUGCAGAAGAAGGUGGUGGAUAAAGCCCUUCAGAACGAGAAGGGUCAGUUAGACCUUUUUCUCUGCUUCUUCCUUGGAUUGUCACUGGAGUCCAAUCAGACAAUGCUGCAGGCGUUACUACCAGAGACAGAGAGCAGUACAGACACCUCAGAGGACAUGAAGAUGUACCUGAGAAGCUUCCACACAGGAAACAUCCCAGCAGAGAGGUGCAUGAACCUGCUUCUUUGCAAGUUUGAGCUGAAAGAGGAGCGAUUUCAGGAAGAAGUCCCCAAGUACCUGCACGCAGGAGCAACAUUAUCCACCGUCGACUGCGCUGUGCUGUCCACCAUGCUGCAGUUAUCUGGAGAGGUGAUCGAAGAACUAAACCUGACCAACUGUUUUAUACCAUCUGCGGGGGUCCCGAAACUUCUCCUGAAUGUAAAGAGCAGCAAGAAGGCUUUACUGAAGGAUAGAUACUUGUAUUUUGGCGACCUGGCCUUCAUCUCCACCCUUCAGUCAGCAGACUCACACCUACGAGACCUCAGCGUGGAGUAUUUUUCUGAUAGCGGAAUGGAUCACCAUCACAAGCUCUUUGCUGUUCUGCGUAGUCCAGACUGUAAACUCGAGAAACUGAGAUUGACUGGGUUGUCCCUGAAUUUUCAGUCUUGCCAUGCGCUGUUCUCAAUCCUCCAGUCCAAACAAUCCCCUCUCAGAGUACUGGACCUGAAUAACUGCAGAUACAUCUAUCAUACAGCACACACUGAGUGCAACCUUUAUCAAGAGCCCAAGACAAUGGAAAGCUGUGAGGACAUCGAUGACGAGUUAACCCUGCUCACUCUGAUUCCUGCUGCCUUGAUCGGUCCAGUCUGUAAACUGGAGGAAUUCAGGAUGCCCGGCUGCUGCCUGAGAAGUAGAUGCUGUCAGGUGUUUGCCUCGGCUCUCUGCUCCGACUCCCAGCUGAAGGAGCUCGACCUGAGUCGAAACCCGCUGCAGGAUUUAGGAGCUCAGCUGCUCUCUGCUGGACUUGGAAGUUCAAAAUGUAAACUGCAGAUCCUCAGGUUGUCAAAUUGUGGGAUCACAGAGGAGGGCUGCACCUCUCUGGCGUCAGCUCUGAAAUCCAACCCUUCACAUCUGAGAGAACUGGACCUGAGCUACAACUACCCAGGAGACCUGGGGGUGAGGCUGCUCUCCGAGAGGUUGCAGAAUCCCGAAUGUAGCCUGGAGAGACUCAAUGUGGACCACAAUGAAGAGCACUGGGUGAACCCGCAGCUUCUCACUCAGUUCACCUGUGAUCUGUCAUUGGACCCGAACACGUUGCACGAAUCCCUCAUCCUGUCCGACUGCGGCAGGACGGUGAGCCGUAGCAAGGAGAAGCAGCCGUACCCUGAUCACCCGGACAGGUUCAGCACAUACCCUCAGCUGCUGUGCAGGGAGACUCUGACCGGGCGCUGCUACUGGGAGGUGGAGUGGAGCAUGUUCGCGAUCGUCGGUGUGGCCUACAAAAGUUUACCAAGGAAGGGACCGUUGGACUCCAAUAUUGAACAUAGCGAUAAGUCCUGGUGUCACAUCAGGACCUCCGCAGAAGGUUCCUACUUUAGACACAACUACAAGGAAACAUUCAUACCAGCUUCUCCUGGAGCCAUCAAAGUGUUCAGGUCCAGAGUCAGGAGACUGGGACUGUUUCUGGACUGGCCAGCCGGCACGCUGUCUGUCUAUCAUCUGUCAGGAGAAACCAAAACUCUCAUUCAUACCUUCCACACCACCUUCACGGAGCCCCUAUUCCCAGCAUUCAUUGUGUACGCUGGGACCUUGGCUCUGUCCAGUGUGGGGACGCCGAACAUGCACAAGGUUCACACAAGUUUCACUCCGGAGGUGAAAAGAGAGAGGAUAGGAUUGUCCUACAGCUUCAGGUUCCCCGGUCCCGGCCUGUUCCACUGCUCGCUGACUGAUCUGGUCUUCAGUGUGACUCAUGAGAGCGAAGCCACCUACGAGAUGAGGAUCUGGGAUGAGAUGCAGCUUCAGUUGGCUCAGAAGGUUCCAGGAGGAGCUCUGUUCAGCAUCACGUGUCCAGAGGAGUCCAUCAGACAGCUGCACCUCCCCCACUGCGAGCCUGAACCCGCGCUGCUCUCUGACUGCCUCUCUGUGGCUCACAUCACUGAUGAAGGCAUGAGCUUCAUCCAGUCUCUGGAGGUGACUGAAACCCACGUGGUGGUGGAUGUACCACACCUUUCAGCCCUUGGCAUCGUCUGGGACCCUGUCUUUGCGGAUUUCAUGACGAAACCGAUUCGCAGUCAAGUCUUGCUGUUCCUCAAACCGAUGCACAGACAGGGUUUCAUCCUGUGGGUGAUCCUGCUGCCCAGCAACGUGCCGCUGAACGAGGUGAAAGCUCAGCUGGUGGACUGUGAGCACCUCCAGGCUCCAUCUUUCUGUCUGCUGCACACAGGCCAGUAUUACAGCCUGUGCAGCGAGCCGCAGGACUUCAACAUACAGCCCGCAUGCACCGAAUUCUUUGGAAACUACGGGCCAAACUACCACCCGACGUUUGAAAUGGCCAUGUUGUCGAAGGCAGACAAAGUGACCCUGAUGCUGCGAGAUGCAGAAAAAACCCAAGUGUGGGAGCACCAGCUCCACCUGCCUGCCAUGCCAGAGCCGACCACGGCGAGCCGAAACCAGCCACGGCUGGCGAGCGACAUCCCGGCCCGGGAGAAGCUGUUUAGGGUCCGCUCCAGCUUCGUGGAGCAGGUGUCGGACCCGGUCCUGAACAAGCUGCUGGACGAGCUGCUGCACUGCGGCGUGCUGACCGACAGUGAGAACGAGGUGCUCAGAGCCAAACUCCGGCCGGACAAGGCGCGGGAACUCAUUGACACGGCGCGCAAGAAAGGAGCCGACGCCAGCACCAAGUUGAUCGCAGUCCUUGCCGCCGCCGACCCGUAUUGCUGCCGAGAGCUGGGCCUGUGUUGAGAGCCGUCAGGAGCAGGACGACAGGAUCAACAACGAGCUGGUUUUCAGUCACACUGUAGAACCUGAACAGUUCCUCUCUGACCAUCUGUGGACGCUGAUUGUUGUAAAUCCUUCAAGUUUUUCUUUUAACUCACAGUUUGAUUUGGAUUUGGGAAAUCUGGGUAUUUUUUCCUGGAAAAACUGUAGCUCAUGAGAAGUUUCUCAAAUUCCUUAAAGUUCCCUGACUUUGAAUCAUUCUGAACAAGCUGUGCUUGAGUGAACCUUUAUGAACGAUGUUGAAAGACCAUCUGGAGGUCUGCAUGGAGUUGAACUUCAGUUCAAAUGAUCUAAAGGAUAUUUUCGUUUACCAUUUCUGACAAUUUUCGUCAUAAUUUAAUACUUUACUUUUUAUUACUGUUAUGUUUUUAAUAACGUGUAACAGAUGGGAUCAUGUGUUACUAAUUGACAUGUUUUCAGUGUUUGUGGAACUUUUCCAUUGCAGCCGUCUUGGUUGACACACCUUGACAGUAUCUCAUGGAGUUUUUAGUGGUCCCUGUUUUGUAAAAAAAAAAAAAAAAAGGUCUCUGUAGGCUGUGUUUAAACAGUAUCACAUUUGUCAGCACUCCUGAAAAAGUCUCUUGAACCUGUACAUUAAACAAUAUAAUCCAACCUUAACUAAUGAUUUUCUGAAAUUUUAACAUCACACGUUCCGACUGUCAUGGUGAAAGUGUGGCUAUGUUGUUUUUUCAUUAUAUAUCCUGAUUUUUAUUUAAAUACUGUAAAGAAUGUUGUCUUGUUUCUUUUUUUAUAUGAGAACUGCAUUAUAAAUAAAGUUUGACUGAUUUGA